UGGUUCAGCACAAAACAGACUGUUCCUACAGUUACAUGAAUUGUACAAGAAAGGUCUGGCCUGUCUGUUACAGAGUUCUUCUAUCAGGUCCUACAUUAUAAGUGCCAUGUACAAUCCCAGACUUUCUAUCAAUACAGAUGAGAGCGUACUGAAAUGUGAAAUUGAUCAUGAUUUGGAAUUUUUUCUUGAGAUGAGUUGUAAUGAUAACGUAAAAUCAAACAGUCUUUACAGCUGUAUGAAACACCUAACUGAAUUAGAACAUCUAAUUUGUUCACCCCUCACAGAAUAUAAAGUUCUCAUGUUACAAAAACUUAAAGCUACCAUCCUUCAGAGAACUGCUUUUAUAUUACACAUUAACAAAGGUGUCAACAAGCAAAUAUAUAUACCUGACAAAUUGUCCUGUCAUAUGAUAACAUUAGCAGCCAAGUUUGGGUGUGUUUCUGAUAUGUUGUACAUUGCCAUGUAUUAUUACAAGACCCUCAGAUACAGGGAAGCUUUGUCUGUUAUAAAGAUGACAGAAACCAAGUUAGUACAGCCAUGUCUUAUAUAUAGGAGACAUGUAGACACAGAAAGUUAUAUUGAGGCUGUAGGGGGACAGUCCUGGGCCACCAAAAUGAGACAGGCUAUGGCAGGAGAUAUCAAACUUUACAGCACAACAUCUUAUAUAAGUGAGCUUAUAUUAGAACAACAGUCUGCUCUACAGAACAGAGUGCCUGCAUUAUAUGUCCCAAUGUUUGUAAUGCUAUUAUUCCUAGAGUUCUUGUGUUACAGACACAUUGAUACAACAUUAUCACAAGAAACUCUAGAUAAGUUACAUAUUCUAAUCCACCUUGAUCAGGGACUGUAUGUGCGUGAUAUAUUUAGAGACAUCUCCUCCUGGGUAUCUGUCAACAGAUCACAGGGAACGCCAAGACUGCUCUUUACUCAUACCAACAGUCAAUGUCAACACGGUAUCCAAUUCAUCAAAUUUAAAAUGCUACACAAAAGAGAAUACAGGAGUUACGUUCGUCAAUAUCACACCAGCAAAUAA